AUCAUGGGAGCGGAAGCAAUGACGAGGACAGUAACGAUGACGACUCGAACAAGAAUGGCGGGCAUGAAGGGAAUGAUAGCGGCGAAGGCGAAGAGGAAGAAGAGAAGGAAGAGGAAGACGACGAAAAGGAAGAUGACAAGGACGACAAGGGCCAAGACGCGUGCCUGAACCCGACGCGUCUAGACCGCCAUUAUGAUGGGAUGACUGACCAAUGAGCGAUCGUUUGAUAUACUAGGGAUAUCUUACUCUGUGGGCUUCACUGCAGUUUUGGAGACUGGCCAUCCAUCCCCAUCAUCCUUUCUUCCCAUCCCCUCACCAUGAAGCGCUCCUCGAGUUACCGGCUGAUCUUGCUCGGACUGGCUUCCGCCUCUCUUCUAUCGAAUCUCGCCCAUGCCUUCUACCUCCCAGGCGUAGCCCCACACGAGUACGAGAAUGGGGAUGCAGUGCCACUCAUGGUCAACGCCCUCACCCCAGGAUCCGACAGCGAACUCAAGUCCGUCAUCCCCUUCGACUACUACGACCCACACUUUGGGUUCUGUGAACCCAGCCAGGGAGAAAAAGCCCAGGCGGAAUCCCUCGGCAGUAUCUUGUUUGGCGACCGUAUUUGGACAUCACCUUACGAGAUCCACAUGAACACCAGGGUUACCUGCAAGCAGCUUUGCAGCGUGGACGUGUCGCCAGAGCAGGCCCAAUUCAUCAAUGCACGUAUCCGGGAGAAUUACGCGGUCAACUGGCUGGUCGAUGGAUUGCCUGCAGGACAUGUGCGUCCCGGACGGGAACUCAACACUGAGGUUUACUCCAUCGGUUUCCCUCUCGGAGAAGAGGAUGGCAUGGCUACUCCCAAGCUGAACAACCAUUACGAGAUUGCGAUCGACUAUCACCACAACAUCCAAAAAGACACGCUGAGGGUUGUGGGUAUCGUAGUCCAGCCCAUGAGUAUCGCCAAGCCCGUGGUCGGCGAAGUUGUAUGCGGUGCCUUGCAGGCAGAACAAUCGACUCCGGUUUACUUGGCCGAAAAUAGGAUCACUCCAGUCGUCUAUACUUACUCUGUCGAGUGGAAGGAAGUGACUACUGCUUGGGCGACUCGAUGGGACAAAUAUCUGUUAGUGGGUGAGCCUCGAAUUCACUGGUUCAGCUUGGUCAACUCGAUCAUCAUCGUAUUGUUCCUGACGGGCAUGGUGGCAAUGAUUCUCUUGCGGGCCCUUCACAAGGACAUUUCUCGCUACAAUCAGCUGGAAGCACAGGAGGACAUCCAAGAGGAUUUUGGAUGGAAACUUGUCCAUGGCGAUGUCUUCCGCACGCCAUCUUAUCCGAUGCUGCUGUCUAUUAUCGUCGGAAACGGAUCUCAGAUGUUUUUGAUGGCUUCGGUUACGAUUGUGUUUGCAGCGCUCGGCUUCCUGUCUCCCUCGAACCGCGGAUCUCUUGCGACGAUGAUGAUCGUUUUUUACAUGUUCUUUGGGGUCGUAGCCGGGUUUGUGUCUGCCUGCAUGUACAAGAUGUUGGGAGGCGAGUCAUGGAAGAGCAACGUUAUUGGCACCGCAUUCUUAUUUCCCUCAAUCGUCUUUGGCGCGUUUGUGGCACUCAACUUUUUCUUGAUCGGUGCCAACUCAUCAGGAGCUGUCCCAUUCGGGACGAUGCUUGGGAUCGUCGCUCUCUGGUUCCUGGUGUCGACACCUCUUUCAGUCAUUGGAUCGUAUCUCGGAUUCCAGCGUCCUAAGGUCGAGCACCCCGUCCGGGCCAACCAGAUUCCACGCCAGAUUCCAGACCAGGUCUUUUACUUGCGUCCUAUUCCGUCGAUGCUGAUUGGAGGCAUCCUGCCAUUUGGGGCGAUCUUUAUUGAGCUGUACUUUAUCCUGAACUCAAUCUGGUUCCACAGGAUCUACUACGUGUUUGGGUUUUUGUUCCUGGUCUUUGGGAUCCUGAUCUUGACGUGCGCAGAGGUGACGAUUCUGAUGUGUUACUUCCAUCUGUGCGCGGAGGACUACCACUGGUGGUGGAGAGCAUUCUUUACGUCAGGAUCAUCGGCAUUUUACAUCUUUUUGUAUUCGGUGAUGUACUACUUUUCAACGCUGCAGAUCGGGUCGUUUACGUCGAUGGUGCUGUACUUUGGAUGGACGGCAAUUAUGAGUCUGAUGUUCUUUGUGCUCAGUGGGGCGAUUGGAUUCUUUUCGACGUUUGUCUUUGUGCGAAAGAUCUACGGCAGCAUCAAGAUUGAUUAAUCUACGCACUCGCGCCUAUAAAUGCACCUACACGUACAUCUACCUGCAUACACAUAUGCACCAAUGCGCACACGCGUAUACACACAACUCCAUGAGUCUCCGUGGAGCCAGAAGCGACUAGCUUUUAUCUUUUUCUUCUUCUUCUUAUUCCUCUUUUUCUUCGUCUUCUUCAUCUUCUUCUUCAUCUUCUUCUUCGUCUUCUUCAUUUUGUUCUUUUUCUCCUGGUAUGUAAUAAAGAUAGAAAGCG